AUGGACGACACGCGGUCGCAAUCCGGGCCUGUGGUGGCGCAGCGGGUGAUGUAUGAUGCGGCGGGCAACAACUUUGUGAUGACGUACGAGCACGAAGACCGGCUGUGCGUGGCGGUGGUGAUGGCCGACUCGCUGGAGCAGGUCGGGUCUGUGGUGGCCAAGGACGGUGACGCAUCGUCGAGCGCUGCAAGCGAGCCUGGCAGCGCGCCGGCGACCGUGCUGGGGUACACGCACGCCAAGCGGGCACGCGUACUUGUGGGCGUGGACGAGCGGUUUGCGGUGUGCCCGGUGGUUGACUCUGUCAUCAACCUGCCUUCGCAGGUCGGCGAUCCGGCGUUGUAUGCGCCAGCGGGGACGGUGACGUUCUCGCUUGCGCACCGCGACGCGGCCAAUAUGCUGUUGGGCGUCACGCCUGUGGAGACCUCGACGCGGUUUGCCAAUGACAGCCUCCGUGAGCAGGCUCUCGCCUUUCUCAACACGCCGUCGCCGGCGUCGCUCGGGGCUGCGUGGAAGAUGCUUGUGUUCAACGGGUCGAGUGCGGAUCUGAAGCGGCUGGUGGGCAACGACGUGGCGCAUGCGGACGGCCUGGCCAUGGCGACGGGCACAUCGUCGAAGAACUCGUCGUACUACUCGGAGGCGUACCGUCUGACGACGCUCUCAAGCUUCCCGGACCACAUGGCGCCGUGGAUGGCGCAGGAGGGCUACUACGGAUCGGGCCUCUCGGCGUUCUGCGCCUCGUGCGGCUACUCGGUUAACCUCUCGAGCCUCAACGUCGACGAGUGGCAGGUCGCGCUGCCGCACUCGUCGACGUGCCAGCUCGAGACGUGCAACAUUCCGAUUGACCGGUCGCUGGCGCACAAGCCGGCGUCGACUCAGCCGCGGACCGUGGCCACCGGCCCGGUCUCGCCGCAGGCCUUUUACGUCAUUGACGCCGAGGGACAGAUCUCGAUGUACACCACUUCGGCUUCAGUUCUGCUUUCGCAGACCCGGGCCCGCCAGUGGCUCAUGAUUCAGCGGGCGGCUGACCGCGCGUCGGCGUCGUCGUCGUCGUCGGCGUCGUUCUCGUCGGCGCAGCAGCAGCAGAAAGAGGAAGAUAUGCUUGCUGCUGCCAUCGCUGCCUCGCUGCAGGAGCAGUCAUCGCAGAGCAAGGUCUCGGAGUUUAUGGGCGACACCGCCGGCAUGUCCGAGGACGAGCUCCUCGCGCAGGUCAUGGCUAUGUCGCUGGCCGAAGCCGAAGCUUCCAGCGCGAAACCCGCUGUUACUGAUGAUGGCACCGCAACCGACGGUGCUGACGGCGCGGACGGCAGUGUCAGCGCCGAGGUCGAGACGCCGGCGGUCCCAAUGUUCGAGGUUGGCCUUGCGGUCUGUGUUGCGGCGGAUGCCGCGCUCAUCCUCAAGCUGCCUGCCGGGAUCGAGGUCGAAACCAAGGCCGAUGCCGAGGCUCCAGCUGGAGCCGCGGGCGCGGGCAACGACGACACCGAGAACGCUCCUGCUGCGGCCGAGGCCGAGGCCGAGUCUGGGCUCGAAUCGGAUGCGACGCCGACGGCCGGCAGCAUGAUGUCGAGCCUGUUUGGCGGCAAGACGCCGACGUCUGACAAGGCUAGCGCUGGGUCGGCGGCGACGACGGCGUUUCCGGCCGUGGACAGCGAGUCUGGGCUCGAUUCGGAUGCAACGCCGACGGCCGGCAGUAUGAUGUCGAGCCUGUUUGGCGGCACGACGCCGAAAUUUGGCAAGGCGACAGCUGGGAUGGUGGCGUUUCCCUCCAAGGGCAGUGAGUCGGACCUCGAUUGGGAUACAACGCCGACGGCCGGCAGCAUGAUUUCGAGCCUGUUUGACAGCACGGCCCCGUCGGGCAAGGCGAAAGCUGAGACGAAGGGCGGCGAGGGCUUUGGCGAAGUCAACAAGAUCUUUGACGGCAUUGGCUUUGUGCUGGCUAUGCGGUCGAACACCAACUCGGCCAACAACCACGCGCCGGUGGACGCGCUGCUGUACUUUUCGGGCAAACUCGAUGCCGCCAACGAGGGUGUGGCGCGCGCCGACGAGAUCAUCGAGCUCGAUGGCAAGGUCACGAGCGUAGCGGCAUCGUCCAACUCGUCGCUGGUGCAUGUGGCAAUCGAGCGCAACGGAAGCAUCUUCCUCCGCACUUACUUUAUGACGCUCGAACGACUGGUUUUUGUGGGCGAGAGCGCGCUGGCGACCGGCGCUCCAGUUGUCCGGCUCGUACCGCUGCUGGUAGGCGGCGACAGCUCGAUGCAGACCUUUGCCGCCGACGUCUUCCACGAGCUCAAUAAGCCGUCCAACGACAAGAAGUACGGCUGCGAGAUGCUUAUUGCCCUCGACAACACUGGCGGCGUCUUGGCCUUUGAGGUCACCGGCGGUGUGGUGCGGUCCGACGAGUCCGAGAGUGGCCUAGUCGUGCCGCUGGCACCUGCCAACGCGCUCGGUGCAGCCAUCCUCUGUGCAGCCAGCGGAACUGGCAUUGCCGACGUCACCUACGUCCCGUCGGCACAUGUCCUUGCCCUGCUGCGGACCGAUGGCUCGAUGCGAUUCCUCUCGACCGAGACCAAGAGCGUCGUGGCAGCGUCUGCGUCUGCGUCUGCGUCUGCGUCUGAAGCUGCCACGCCGACACCGACGCCUACAGUCUCUGACACGUCGGCACUCACGGUCCAGGCGCUGGCAGGACUCGGCGCUGCGCUUGUUUCACGCCCGCUCAGUUUUGAAGGCGAUGUGCAUCCAGUGUUCACCGUGCGGGGGGCGGGCUUUCACACGACGAGCUGCCUUGUGGCGACGUCAACCGACGCCAAGCAGAACUCGCCCGUGGUGGCGCGGGCGCGACUGGAGAAUCCAACCAUUCUGCACUCGAUCUCGCUGAAGCUCCAGUUCCGCAAGGGCAUCCAGGCGUCCUCGCCGCAUGCCGACCGGAUGUACAAGUUGGUUAUUUCCGAGGCACGCUCGGCGUACACUUCCGAGACCAGCUCCUCGCUCCGGGUCGAGAUGGAAGUCAACCUCAAGGAUCUGACGGCGCCGUCGGCCGCCGAGCGGGUCCUCACUGUUCCGAUCAUGCACGCCGGGCCGAUCUCCUCGCUCCACGUGUCGUUCACCCCGAUCAUCACCGACGAAGAGCUGUCGGCCGAAGCUGCGGCUGCGGCUGCGGCUGCGGCUAAGGACGAAGCCAAGGACGAGGCCGAGGCCGAGGCAGCGACCGCGGCAGCAAGCGCUGACAAGUCCGAGACCGAAGGCGAGGCCGAGGAGACGGCUGCAGCUGCAGACGCAGACGCGGCGGAUGCUGAUGCUGAUGGCAAGAGUGCGCCCCCGCCCCCGCCCCCGAUGCCGACUUCGGGUGAGCUGCCCAAGACGAAGAUCGCGCCAUCCAAGGAGCUGGCGAACACUGUCACUGGUACUGCUCCCAAGGCCAAGGUUAAGCCAGACGCACCGUACGCGUUGCUCACGUUCUGGCUGGAGAUCCGCGAGCGCGUGGACGCAGCGCCAUGGGCUGUCGAUGCGCUGCCGAUAGUCUCCGAGUCGGCGGCGCUGCAAGCGCAGCUUGUGCAGGUUCUCAACAUGGAGUCUGCUGUGCCGAGCCGGCUGGAGGCCGCGGCGCGGAUUCUCAACAAUGUGCUUCCGACAGUGGCCGGCCAGCUGAGCGAGGCGCAGAUCGAACUCCUUGGCAGCAUUGAGCUGGACAAGCUGCUUGUCAACGGCGUACUCUCUGCACCAUCCGAGGUUGUGCCUUCGGCGGCGACGCUGCUACAGCUCGCGCUGGCCGCGCGGGCACAGGCGGCGGAUGUGACCGACGACGAGCUGCGCGAGACGAUCAACUCGCUGGUGGGCGAGGCAGUGGCGGCACUUACUGCGCGGAAGACGACACUCGACGGCGCCAAGGCUGUCAUCCGCAUCCUGCAGUCGAAUUGGGACGCGUUUGGCCCUCUCGCGUUUUCGGCAGCGCAGAACGCACUCUGCGAUCUGGGCCGUGAGUUGGCGGAAGCCGAGGCAGGUGAUCCGGCCAGAGCCCAGCUCUCCGCGCUCCAUCCCGAGUACAACCCCGGCGUGUUGCUGAACAAGCACGUGGCACCGCUGGUGGUGGUCGACUCUGCGCUGCACUCGACGGCAAUGGCGAACACGGUGAGCAACGCGUUUGCGCCGAUCUCGAUCCUGCACAGUUCGACUAAGCAGCUUCACGCGGCCCAGCUGUGGGACACGUACGACAUCACCGACUCGCUGACCUGCAUUGGCUCAGCCAAGGGCGCGUCGUACUCGACAAAGACCAUCCGCUUUGGUGACUACAACAUCUCGUCCACCGUCCCGUUCUGGGUCGCGUUUGAUCUUGGGACGCCCACGCGUCUUGACCUCAUCACGCUGCCGAACACUUCGUAUGUCAUGGGUCUCUCCAUCCUCGGUUGGAACGUCGACGGCGGGUCGACCGAGGCGCUCGACGCUGCCCACGCCAGCGCGGCUUCGGGUCACAUCCCUGCCGGUGCGACCAAGCUCCUCGGGUCGUCGCAGCUCUCGGCCGACCACACCGAAGUCGUUGAGGGCCCUGUUGUUGUCCGCUUCCUCCACUUUAAGUGGAUGGCGUCGUACCACGGCACCAUGAGCAUCUCGGGCGUGUACGGCGUGGCCAACGUGCCGGCACCAGGAGCGCCGCUUGAGGCGCAGCUGACUGCGCUCGCCGAGCGCGAAGCUGCAGCGGCUGAGGCUGCAGCCGCUGCUGUCGCCGCUCAGGAGCAGCUCCGCGAGGCCUUGUCCGUGGCUACGGCACUGACAGGCGAGGCUUGCGACAGUGACGCUGCGUUCAACACCCAGGCGCUGUACAAGUCGGCGCUGGCAGCGGUGGCCACCCGAUUCUGCUCGCAUCGACUGCUGCUCCAGAUCCGCCGCGACGUCGCCGCCCGCGAAGACAUCGCCAUGUGCGGAAGCGCCGAGGCAUGGACCGAGCCACCACCGGCGCUGGCCGAAUCCCGCGGCCCGCUCGCCGACACGGAUGCCUUUGAGUGUGUUCAUGGCAAGCAGCUGCUCGCUGAGCUGUUCUUCCUCCUCAUGCCUGCAAACGGAGUGCCGCUCAAGACCGUCGAGAUCCGAACGGGCGACGAUGGCAGUACUAAGAAGGUCCAGAAGCUAGCGGUGGCCUUUGAGCCCUCGCUCGACGAUGCCGCCACCAUCUUUGAACAGUUCUGCAUGGCUGGGCCCGUACAGGUGACCAAGGCGGCGAUGACGUACCUGCAGGCGGUGGUGGGUGCGUUCAUGGGCGAUGACUUUGCACCGCUUCCGGCGAUGCUGCUCUCCAGGUUCUUCCGCCAUUCGUCGGAGACCGACACCAGGACCCGGGCGACGGCGUUCCCGCUCGUCGCCGCGCUGGUCUCACCGUCGGCAGUGGCCACCCUCACGACAGUGAUCAUCAAGGAAAUCCGCGAGCUGCUGGUGGUUUCUCCGCUGGACCUCGAGUUCCUCGGCUGGUCGCUGCUCUUCCUCACUGACAUUGUCAAGCGGACGUCGAAUGCAAUCAAGCCUGCGGUAGCCGACGCGGUGGUCUCGGACAAGCUCCUCGGCCUGCUGUCUGAGCUCCUGGCGUCGCCGCCGGUGGCGGCCGACGGCUCGCUGGUGGUCAUCAUUGCCCAGCUUAUUUCAUCCACUGCCAGUCUGCUCCGGGCUUCGGAUGUGGUCAUGCUCUUUGGCGAGUCCUCGUUUGACGAGCUGGUCUCGUCGGUCUAUUCAGCGAGCAUGACGGCAGAUGCGUGGGUAGCGUCAGCGGUGUCGGACAUGAUGCGGGCGCUGACCUCGUUCGAGGCCGGUUCUGGCUCGGGCGCGUCAAGCUCGUCGGGCUCGGCGGCUUGGGCCGACUCGGGCUCGCUCCCGUGGUCCAAGGGUCUCUUUGCCGCCAGCGCGAGCGGGUCCACGCCGGCGCCAGUCCACACCGGCGUCGGCAUCACGCUCGCACCGGGCAACGCCUACAUGGGCGUGGAGAAGAUCCUCGUCAAGACGCCGUCAUCGUCGCCGGCGUCAAGCAGCUCGUCAAGCUCGGCCGGGGGAGCCAGCUCGAGCGAUGCUACGGUUUCCGACAUGGUGGCCAAAGUUGUCGCCAACCUUGCGCCAUCGACGUCGCCGAUCAACCUCAACGGCGUGGCUUCGAUCAACUACGCCGAGCUCAAGGCUCUGACCGCUGCCGAUGCCGAGAAAAAGGCGUCGGUGGCGGACAGCGACAUGGGCGACGGGUCUGGCGAGGCCACCGACAAGGGUGACGACGACGGCGAGGCCGCCAAGACUGCAGCCAUUGCUGCCGCGGAGGCCAAGGCAACCGAAGCUGAGGAGAAGCUUCGGGUCCGUGAGCUUGUGGUGACGCGGGUGGCCAAGCUCUUGGCCAAGCCUGACGAGCUGUCUGCGUCUGCAACGAGCGAACUGCUGUCGAUCAUGUCGACCGCAGUCGACGCGACGGUCAAGGGCAAGGCCCGGGAUGGCGCAUACCCAUCGCUCUCGCCGGAGAACGUGGGCGCGCUGGCUGCGUUCCUGCAGACCCAACCGCCUCCGGCGGUCUACGAGUUCAACCUUGUGCUCAACAUGCUUGCCACUUGCUCAGGCGAUGUGCUUGUGGGCGUGGCGCGCGAGGUUCUGCCUGUGGCGCUCGCGCACCCGGGCGCGCUCGCGGUGAUGAACUCGAUCAACGCGAUUGUGUCUGCGCUCAAAACCUCAGCCGAGGCGCUGCAGGCGCUCGUGGACCUGGUGCUGGCGCUCUGGCCUACGGUUCUGGAGGCGCCGGGCACGAUGUUGGUGUUUUCGUCGAUGGUGUCGACGCUGCAGGCCAGCAUCAGCGACGGCGAGAGUGAGGACAAGGCUUUGACGGGUGUGCAAGUGAGCACGGCCUCGGUUGCGGCGCUCGGCGACGCAGUCCUUGAUCUCAUCUGCCUGGCCAUGUCGGGCUACAAGAUUUCUGACGAGGCGGGCGGCAUCAAGGCGACGUCGGCAGUCCAGACGCACGCGGCGGAGCUCGCCGGCGCGCUGCUGGGCAUCCUCGCUGCACUCGUCGCACAUCCCGCGCCCGAGACGAGCUCAGGCGUGCUACUCGCUGCAGUUGACCCGGUGGCCCUUGGCAUUGUGGUCUCGUUUGUCGAGCUGCGGUCGGCGCGGACGCUUGCCAACAAGGCACGCGACUUGAUGGCGUUCCUGGGCGAGAACGCAGAGGCGGCACAGGUUGCCGUCGCCGGGUGCUUGCAGGUGCUGUCGAGCGAGAAGGGCGCGCGAGCGAUGCAUCUGACCCAGUCGACACGGACAAACGCGGCACCGGUGGCCGAGAACGUGCUGGCGGUGAUGAUGAGUCUGAUCAAGUCGAAGGAAGCUGCCAACGCAUUUGCGGAGCUCGGCGGCCUCGACACGCUUGUCUCGCUGGUGCCGGGCGAUGCCAGCAACAAGAGCGCAAGUGCGGCCGGUGCCAAGACCAGUAUCAGUGCGAGCCAGGGAGAUGCGUCUGCGGCGGUGACUGGUGCAGCGCUGCCGACCUCGUCAGAGUUUGGGCUUGCGGUCAAGCAGGUUAGCUCGGGCAACUCGUCAAGUCCCAGCACGGGCGGCGACUCAACUGUCCGUGUUGUCUCGGGCGAGUGCUCUGUGAUCUCGCAGUCGACCGGGUAUGCAGCAUACCUGGUGGGAACGUCGUCGGGCACCUGGUCCGUUCCGUUUGGUGCAGGCGAGAGCGAGCACUACGUGACGGUCAAGCUGCCGUCGGCGAUGCUUGUGCGAAGCGUGAACGUUAAUGUGCAGCCAAAUGGCUCUUCGGCGUUCUUUGCGAUUCUGGAGCUCUCGAUGCAUGAGAGCAAGCGGUUUGAGCCUGUGGGCGUAGAGGUGUACAACAUGGGCGCGACGCCACCGACAUUCAACCUUCCACCGUCGCACCGGGCCAAGUACCUCAAGCUGCGGGUCAUGAUGCACCCAGGUGCUGCGGCCGGCAUGUCGCUGCAGAUCACGUCGUUGGCGAUCCGGGCGCAGAACUUUGCGGCUGCGGAUGCGGCCGAUGUCGACGGGGCGGCUGGGAGCGGCAAAGCGCGCGUGGCCAAGCUGUCGAUGGCAGGCGUGAUGCGGUACAUGGCACACGUGUGUGCUAUGUCAGACUCGCUGUUUGCGCGUCUUGUCUCGCGCGAUCAAGCGACGUCGCUGAUGCAAAAGCUGCUCGAGGUGUGUGCGACGCCUGCCGGCGCACGAUCGUCGGCGCUCCCGGUCCUGCUUGGCCUGGCACGGCACUCGCUCGAUCUUGGGCUCCACUUUCUGGAGAAGACGCUUUCGGGGAGCGAGCUGACUGAGACGCAUGCCGAGAUGGUGAGCAUGGUGUGCUGGUCCAAGGACGAGAGCUCCAAGGUUGCCUACGCGUACAAGUGGCUGGCGAGCAAGCUUGCCAACGCGAGCGAGGCCAGGUUUUCUCUCGCGCCGUUUGUGGGCGGACUGGCGGAUGCGCUGCGGGUCUCGGGCUAUGUGCCCGAGGAUGUCAACGCCGGCGCGGUUGUUGCGCUCACCGAGUGGGCGACGUCGGCCGGAACCUCGCGCGAGGAUGCGGUGUGUGCGGCCAAGAUGGUUGAUGCCUACGCGGGCAUUCUGGGGACUGAUGUCACCAUGGCGGCAGUGGAGAGCGUGGCGCGCCUCGGCGAGCUGCCAGACGAGGCUGUGGCCGCUGCGGCUGCCGAGGCGAGCAGCGCCAGCGCAGCGCUCGACCCGCGGUUCCAUAUUCUGGAAGCUCUUGUUGGCGCCGAGGAGCGCAGCGCGUGGAUGAUCGCGAACGGGGUGGUGACCCGGAUCCGCGACGCGCUGAAGAGCGCGCUGGCCGGCUCGCACUGGGCCGAGGCCGGGCGCAUGGCGGCGGUUCUCUCCGGCCUGGCCAUGACAAGUGCUGGGCGGGCGGCGCUGGUGGCGCCGGCUGGCGAGCUGUACACUGUUGUGGUCGACGGCGUGGUGGCUGGGAUCAAGGCAAGCGAUGACGUCGGCAACAAGGGCAAGGGCAAGGAGGAGGCAGCGGUGCCGGUGCCACUGUCCUCGGCCGAGGCUCUUGGCGGCCUCCUCAAGACGAUAAGCACGAACGACGGAGUUGAGCAGCAAGUGCUGGCUCGCACGGUGGUGAGCGCGCUCGAGGGCAUGGGCGCGGGUAAGCCGUCGGCGGUGCUGGUGGCACUCCUGGGCGCCGCAGUGCUCGAAGACGAACGGUUUGUGGUUACGGCGUCGCCGGAACCGCUCGAGCUUGCGUUCCGGACAUCGCAGCGCAGCCUGGAGCCAACCGAGUACUUUGCAGGCUCCAAGGUGAUCAACGGGCGGCACGCCAAGAUGCUCAACGGAUGGAUCAAGGACCGCGGGGUGCCGGGGCUUAAGCUGCCUGCAGCGUGGCGGAAGCGGUGGGACUCGUCGAGCGGUGGGGCCACCGAGUUCUUUGAUGCCAUUGUGGGCGCCGGGCCGUUUGUGUUUGUCAUCUCGACGCCGACCGAGGUGUUUGGAGGCUUUUGCUCGGUCAACGUGGAGGCGCACAACUUGCAGAACCAGUACUUUGGCGACGAGAACUGCUUCCUCUUCAACUGCACCAACUCGUCAGUUUUCCUCCCGACCAACGCGUACAACAACCAGUUCCUGUACUCUUGUUCGACAGGCUCGGCGUACUUUGCCUUUGGCGGCGGACACGAUCUCUCGUACUCGUUCGCGUCAACGUCGUCGAACUACGCCAACAUGUACACGUACCAAUGCGCCGAGGCGCCAGGCUCCAAGGUCACAAGCCAGUACAACUUUACGGUGGUCACGGCCGAGGUCUGGAUGCUCGGCGGCCCCGGCAGCGAGCCGGGAGCCGACGGCGCAAGCUCGGCAGCGACCAAGGGCAUGAUGGCGCGGCUGAAGGAGAAGGUGGCGAGCGUGCCGUCGGGCGUGGUUGCAGCGCAUGUCAACCCGGUCUUUUCGGCUGGCGGACAGACGCUCCUGACUGCGCUGCAGGGCAAAGAGGUGCCUGCGUCGUGUGGCUUUGCGCGGAUUGACGGACCGACGACGGCGGUGCUGCGCAAGAAGACUCGCGUGGGCCACCUUGUGGUUCCGGACAGCGGCCCGGGCGUUGCUGAGUUGCGUUACGUCGAGCGGACAAGCGAGUGCCGGGUGGUGAGCCGGAGCGAGAUCGACGUGCGCGAGUCGCCGUUUGUGCGGCUGCCGCAGGCCGUCAACGCGUUUGCAAGCGCCGGCGGGCUCGGGCAGCUACUGCAGAUGGUAGCGGCGAGCUACAACGGGGUUGAGCCGUCGCGGGCGUCAGGCAAGCUGACAUCGUCUGCGCUUACCGAGCUCCAGCUGCUGCUGGACGUGCCUGGGUACGCUGGGGCGUUCCUGGCGUCGCCGGCGUGCAUGCACCUUGUUUUCAAGUCAAUGGGCGUGGCCAUACCGCGGUACCUGGCGGGUGUGGAGGCUGCGGCCAAGAAGGUGGCCGAGGCCAAGGCGAGCUCGGGGACGAGCGCGGCAGAUGGGCCAUCACCAACGGACAAGGCCAAGGACAUGUUCCUGGACGUGCUCAGCUCGCUGCUCACGAUCUCGAGCGACGUGGAGAUGCGGCAGAGCCUCAUCUCGAACGGGGUGCUUGGGGCGGUGCUGGCACGAAUCUCGGAGCUGACCUCGACCGAGCCGCGGCGGCUGACGGCGGAGCAGCAGGCGGCCAAAGACAAGGCCGACGCGGAGCGCAAGGCCAAGCUUGAGCGCGAGCGCGAGAAGAACGCAGACAAGCAAGAGUACUGGGCCAAGGGCACCGGGUACGGAACAGGCUCGACGGCCGAGACCGCAUGGGAUCAGUCCAAGUACGCCGAGGAGAUGGCCGAGCGCGAGCGGCGGGUCGGUCUGCUCCUCGACACGGUCACCGGGUGCGUUCUUGCCAAGAGCGUGCCAGACUCGCUGUUCACGCUGCUGGAGGGCUCGUGCCUCGUGCCGUUUGUGGGCUCGUACCUCCGCAACGACUCGCUGCUAGACAUGGCCAAACACAAGUCGAUCUACCUCGCGCUGAUGCGGCUGGUCGAGGCGCUCUGCUCGCACGACGUGACGCUAGCGCUGUUUGACGACCUCGAGGGCGAGGCGACGAGUGUGUUUGCGCUGCUGAAGAAGCUGCACUCGUGCGCGUCGAUGUUCCUCAAGACGGUCAACAAGAUCGAGGGCAACAGCGAGAAGGGUAAGCGCAAUGGCAAGGAGCCGGCUGCAGAAGAGGCGGCUGACGCCGAUCCCAAGGCGGAGCCGGCUGCUGCAGACGACGGCGCCGAGACCGAGUCGGACGACGAGGCCGAGUCUGAGGAUGGGGAAGCAGCUGGUGCGGGCCGAGGCAUCGGGUUGGGCGACGAGACUGCGGCGUCGCAAGACGCUGGCAAGGCUGUUGCAGCAGCAAUCAUGUCGACGUUCAAGGUGUGCUCUGCGCGGAUGAAGGAGUUUACCAAGGCGAAGAAGGGUGGCGGUGACGGAGCAGCAGUGGCAGCGAGCUCGGGCAAGGGCAAGGAGGCAGCCGAGGGCGAGGGCGAGGAUGAUGCGCGCAAGAUCGAGCUCUACAUGCAGUUUAUGGAGGACCAGCAGUUUGACGAGAUGGAUAUGCAGGAUAGCGGCGGGUACAGCAAGCACCACUAUGCGAGCAGCAUCAGCUCAUCGGGCGGCGACGUGAAGAGCAAGAUGAUGCGGCUGGCGCAGGAGGCGUCUGGCAUCUCGGGCUCACUCCCGCUCUCGUUCGACUCGUCGGUCUUUGUGCGGAUCGACGAGGAGCGGAUGGAUGUGUGGAAGGCGAUGAUCAUUGGCCCUGAGGGCACGCCUUACGAGAACGGAUGCUUUGAGUUCCACAUCUUCUUCCCGGACGCCUACCCGAAGUCACCGCCGCUGGUCAACAUGGAGACGAACGCCAACGGGACGCAGCGGUUCAACCCCAACCUGUAUGCCAAUGGCAAGGUCUGUCUCUCGCUGCUCGGCACGUGGGACGGUGACGCGUCCGAGAUGUGGAACGAGGCUACGUCGACGUUCCUCCAGGUUCUCGUCUCGAUCCAGUCGCUCAUCAUGGUGCCCGAGCCGUACUUCAACGAGCCCGGCUACGAGUCGUCGCGCGGCACGCCGUCGGGCGACGCCGAGAACCUCAGCUACACCCUCAACAUCUACACCUACACACUGCAGACGGCCAUCCUCGGGCAGCUGCGCAACCCGCCCAAAGGCUUUGAGGACGUUAUCCGCGCCCAUCUCUACAUGAAGCGCAAGGAGAUCCUUGCCAUGGCGGCGCGCUGGAAGUCGUGCGCCGCUGGCGCGCAGAACUCGAACUACCUUUCCAAGAUCGAAAAGUUCGAGACCGAAAUCCGCGCCGAGUUUGAAGCCAUGACUCCGCCCGAGCUCCUCUCCGAAGAGCUCGAGAUGGAGGACAACGAGCUGGAGCAGGUCUUUGCCCUCUAGCAUGUGUAAACGUCAAGGAUGCCAA